AAAAAGGAAAACAUUUUUAAUAUUUGUAUAUAGACAAUUGUAUGUGUUCCAUCUAAUUCUGUAAUGUGAUUUUUUUCCCUUGUAGGUUAAAUAAUUGUAACUUAACAGACAAAAGCUGUUCGGCUCUGGCUGCAGUUCUUGGUUCAGAUACCAAUCUGAAAGAGCUGAUCAUGAACAAUAAUAAUCUGCAGGAUUCAGGAGUGAAGCUGCUCUGUGGUGGACUGAAGAAUAUAAAAUGUAAACUGGAGAUUCUGAGAUUUUCUAACUGCAGUGUAACAGAAGAAGGUUAUAAAGCUCUGGCUUCAGCUCUGAGAUCAAACCCUUCACACCUGAUAGAGCUGGAUCUCACAGGAAAUGAUCCUGGACAAUCAGGAAUGAAGGAGCUCAAUGAUUUACUACAGGAUCCAAACUGUCAGCUGAAGACACUGAGGUUUUUGAGUCCUGCUGCAGAUGAAGCCUGUCAGUAUGUGAAUAGAGUUGUGGGCAAAAACCCGUUACUCCUGAGAGAGCUGAUUCUGAGUGGACAUGAACUAGGAGACACACGAGUGAAUCAGAUUGCUGCUCUGCUGCAGGAUAAACACUGUCGACUCAACUCACUGACAGCCAGUGUCUCUCCUCUGGUGGUGGAAGCACGCACUGCAGUUUCUUCCCACCAGAGAGAGGCACCGGCGCUUCAACUAUCCAGCUCUGAGGAGUUGGAUGUUGUGGGUGUUGAUGCUGGAGAUGAGGACUCGCCAUCUCAAUCUCCAGCAUAUGAGGAGCUGCUUGAGGUUGUGACCAGGGCAGUAGAGAAACUGAUGUAG